AUGUAUGCGUUUUCGUAUGUGAUACAGUUCUUGAUCGUCGUGACCGUAAAGUUCAUCAUAACCGGCAUCAUGUGUUCGUUUUCGUUCUUCGUCAAUCAAAUGAUAUCCGAGUUCCAGAUACUAUCCGCCUACGUCGAGCACGCGGUCGAGAUCGUCGAGUACGACCAAUCUGUCGACAAGACCACCGAGCAGAAGUUGUUGGAGCACGUGAAGAACUGCGUGAUGCUUCACAACAGGCUGAUUCACUUCAAGGACCAACUGAACGAGAGUUACGGGUACAUUAUACUGCUGGAGCUCAUGUUCAGCACGCUCUACUUCUGUCUGUCAGCAUUCAACAUGAUAUUCGUGGGCAACCGGUUCGUCAUGGUCAAAGGUCUGCUGACUCUAUCCAACUAUUUGGCCGAGCUGUUCAUAUUCUGCAUGUAUGGCAGCAUGGUCGAGGACACGCACAUGGGCCUGCUGAGAUCUUCGUACUCGGCGGCGUGGUACGCACAGCCUGUCCGAUUCCGCCGGGCGCUGAUGAUGGUCAUGUCCAGGACGCAAACACCGUUACAGUUGACUGUCGGCAAGGUGUUCAUAGCAAACCUGCCACUGUUCCUGUCCGUACUUAAGGUCUCCUACUCGGGGGUCAAUGCUCUCAGGGCGGCAAACGCAAAGUAGAGUCGUUAG